AAAAAGAAAAAAAAACUUACUGACCCCAAUCUAUAUUACUGCUCUCGUCUGUCCCUUUCACUCCAAUGUUUUUUCUUGAUUUGUAGGAUAGCUUGUAUAAGUGCACCAAGUGUGUAUCAGAAGCUGAAACAGUUGGACUCCACGAGGUCAGACAGUGUGUCUGCUGUUUUGCUGGAGUUUGACCGACGCUUCGCAGCAUAUGGAGAUGAGUUUGACUUUUAUGAUUACAACAACCCUCUGUGUCUGCCUGAGAAUCUGCUUCCUCAGAGCUUUGACAUCGUCAUCGCAGACCCUCCGUAUCUGUCUGAAGAGUGUCUGAGCAAGGUGGCACUCACCGUUAAAUACCUCACUAAGGGCAAAAUCCUGCUCUGCCCAGGAGCUAUUAUGGAGAAGCUUGCUGGGAAACUUAUGGAUUUGAAGAUGUGCGGUUUUUUACCAAAACACAAUCACAAUCUGGCCGAUGAGUUCCGCUGCUAUGUUAACUAUGAAUCAAGUCUUCUCUCAUGAAAAAGGCUUUCAGUUGGACAACAUUUGAACAUAGUCUUUUCCUAUCAGACAUCAGCAGAUGAUUAUUUCAAAGGAUAAAUACUCUAACUCCGAGAGGUGCAUAGCAGGAUCCAGAUAUUACAGCGAAGGAUUUGGUCAAGAUCUGUGAUCAGGCUUUGAUUAUACUUUGGCUGACUUGCAUUGUCAAUUGCACACCCAGCUUUCCGGCACAAAAUUGAAGCAAACAAUCUCAGACAGUUUUACUUUGUUUCAGUGUAUAAAAUGGGCUUGAAGUGUAUGUUUGAAAUGCAUUUGUAUAUAAAGAACUAUACACUAGACUUGUGCCAUAUCAGUGUUCUUGUUGUUUUAAUAAAGUAAUAAUAGGAGGACUGACCCAAA